AUGAUACUCCGCUGUUUGUACAUAAUUGAAUUAACUGAUACAGAGGAAGGUGGUCUAGAAUUGGUGGAUCCAUCAUGGUGUCCUGAAGAAGGCCCUCCAAGGAAGAAAAUUAAAUCACCACCAGUCAUCUCACCAACCGCAUCAACAACAAGUUUGUACAGUGGUGGUAGCAGCUCAAUUGACUGGACAACAACGGGUACUACGCUUGAUAUGCAAGGAACACGUGUAACUAGGACACAGUAUGGUUUUCGAACGUUGCAAGAAUCUUCUGCAAAAAUGUGCCUGAAAGUUACCGGUUAUCCAUUGCCAGAAAUCACAUGGUACAAAGAUGACCUUUUAUUGCACGAAGAUGAAAGGCAUACUUUUUACUCAGAUGAAGAUGGUUUUUUUGCUCUGACCAUUGAUCCAGUACAAGUUGAAGAUACCGGAAGAUAUACGUGUAUGGCAACUAAUGAAUACGGUCAAGCAUCUACAUCCGCGUUUUUCAGAGUAUUAAAAGUCGAGAAAGAAUCUGCUCCACCAACCUUUGUUACAACACUGAAAGAUCAAGAAGUGAAGGAAGGCGAAAUUGCGUCGUUCGAAUGUGAAGUAGAAGGAUGGCCGGAACCAGAAUUGGUAUGGUUAGUAGAUGAACAGCCUCUUCGACCUUCACACGAUUUUAAACUGGAAUACGAUGGGCAAAAUGCUAAAUUAGAAAUUCGUGAUGCGCAACCGGACGAUACUGGCGUAUAUACAGUGAGAAUUAAAAAUGAGUACGGUUCAGCUGAAUCUAAUGCUAAAUUGAAGGUUGAACCGGAUCCGGACAAGAACCACGUCGCUCCUGAAUUUCAGGCUGUAAUUGAAGAUGUUGAAUGCGAUGAGGGAGACACUGUUAAGUUCAAAGCAGUGCUCACUGGUGACCCCAACCCUGAGGUAAUAUGGCUGAUAAAUGGAAUUCCCUUGUCUGAAUCGGAUAAAGUUAAAUUUAUUUGUGAAGAUGGAAUUUGUAUUUUGACUAUAGCUGAUGUUUCCAGACAUUUCAAUGGUAUUGUAACUUGUAAAGCGACGAAUCGUCUUGGAGAGCAAGCUUGCGACGGUAAUUUGAAAGUUCGAGUACCACCGGCUCCUCCACACUUCCUACGUUCACUUGAGGAUAAAAUUUCUGAGGAAGAGCAACUAAUAGCAUUUGAAGUAGAAGUCAGUGGAUUUCCAGAUCCAAAACUGUCCUUUAUGAUUAAAGGAAAACAGGCUGAAUCUGGCAAAGAUUUUAUCGAGAUUAUCGACAAAGGUGAUGGAUUACAUCGCAUUGAAAUUACAAGAACUAGCAUAGAUUUGCAUGAUGGCGAAAUUGUUUGCUCGGCAAUCAACGAGUAUGGACAAGCAGAAAGCAGAGCUCGAAUAGUGGUACAAGCAGCUCAAGAACAAUCAAGAUCUGCUCCAUCUUUUCUCAAGGAAAUCAGUGACCAGACCGUUAAAUAUGGUGAAAAAGCUGUUUUUGAAGCAUCUGUACAUGGAAAUCCUAACCCGGAAAUUUCUUGGUAUAUUGAUAAUUUGAAACUGGAUAACACGAUGCAUGGUGUGCUUAUUGAAACGUUAUCAAUCACAGAUCAUAAGCUGACCAUCACCGGCUUAUCUGAGUAUUCGGGAACUGUGACUUGCAGAGCACAAAACUCAAUUGGUCGAUAUGAGACAAAAGCAAAAUUAAGUGUAAUAGUCGAUGAACAAAAAAAGCAUUCCCCAAUUUUCACUGAAAAAUUAGGCGACAAAAGUAUUACCGAAGGGUCGAAAGGUGUUUUUGAAGUUCACGUUGAGGCUGAACCUAAAGCAGAUUUUAAAUGGUUUUUAGGUGAACAGGAAUUGACGGAAUCAGAGGUGAUAAAAAUUCGUGAAUUUGAUGGCAAUUCAAAAUUGGAAAUCAGUGACUUGAAACUUGAAAACACUGGGAUAAUUCGAUGUGUGGCGAAGAAUUCUGAAGGAAGUUCAGAAUCUCUUGCAAAGUUGACAGUGAACAGGAAGCCUCAUGAGCCACGCUUCGAGAAGCGACCUAAAAAUUUAGCGGUACAACGAGGCGAAGAAGCUCAAUUUGAAGCUAAUGCUAGUGCGGAACCUGAGCCGCAAUAUCAGUGGUUCAUCAAUGGAUAUCAAGUCACCGAAAAUAUGCAAGGCACCAAAGUUGAAAUGGUCAACAAUAUUUCGGUACUCACAAUUGACACCGAAAUCUUUGGUUCUGCUACUAUUUCUGUCACAGCUAUAAAUUCCAUGGGUAAGGACGAAAGUGGCGCUCGACUGACAGUUGAAGAAGAAGAACGCAAAGAAACUGAAGUACAGAAAGAAACUUCGGUAAAGUCUGAAAAGACAGAAGUAAGUAAAGUAAGAAGUAGAAAUAAUGAAAAAUCAUACAGUGAGUCAGUGAUUAAAAUGACAUACAAAUUAAAUUCAAAAUAUGUAAUUUUGUGCAAGAAAAAACUGAAAAGCUUACAGGAAGUCCUGAAUAUCGCUACAAAAACUGCAGUCAAUCCACCAGUGAUUAAGACAACAUUGGAAAGUCAGAAUGUCAAGUACGGUAAUAAGGCCGAUUUUAAAAUAUCCGUAGAACCAAGUGAAGUUGCUGUCCAGUGGUUCAGCAACGGAAGGCCAUUGUCAGAUGGAAUGCCCGGCGUCGAAAUUUCUUGUCAAAAUUUCGACUUCAAGUUAACUGUUGAUUCUGCUCAAUACGCUGGCAUAAUUGCCGUCAGAAUUUCCAAUGAAGCUGGCACAAUUGAAGCAAGCGCAAAUUUGCAUGUCAUCGAAGAAAAAAUAAUAUGUAAACCACCAGAAUUUUCGUGUGAAUUGAGUGAUAUUUCGGUUAAAGAAAAGGAUAGAGUUGAAGUAACGAUUGAAUCUACUGGCAGAGCUACUUUUCAAUGGAAUCUGAAUGACAAAAUUCUACAGAAUGGUAUUGAAAAUAUAACAAUUAUCAACGAAGAAAGCAAAAGUAUUCUGAUUUUCAAUCAAGUGACAUUGCAACAAGCGGGUAAAAUAACGGUGACAGCAAUUAAUGAAGGUGGACAGGCUUCGUCAUCAUUUAAUAUGAAAGUUGAAGAAGGAAACAUUGCACCUGAAAUUAUUGAAGGUCCAAAUUCACUAUCUGUCAAAGAAAACGAAACAGCCGUAUUUCGUGUAGAAAUCACAGGAAGACCGACUCCAGAUGUCAAAUGGCAACUGAAUGGUAAAGAACUAUCUACAACGGAUGCAAAUAUCAAAAUUAAAUCUUUCGAAAAUAUUUACACAUUGAAAAUUGAAAGAGUAAAUGUGAAACAUGCCGGUGAGGUUACUGUAAUAGCCGAAAAUGUGGCCGGUGUCGUUGGCAAGGAAGUUGUUCUUAAGGUGGAGCCAGACUUGACAACGCCUGUGUUCAAAACCCAUCUAAUUGAUCGAGCAGUAUAUGAAGGUGAACCAUUACGCUGGGAUAUUGCCAUUGAACGUCCCUAUAAAGGAGUCACUGUAAAAUGGCUGUUGAAUGACAAGGAAUUGAUAAACAGUGAAAAUAUUCAAAUUAUUGAUGACGGAGAAGGAAGGUAUCACUUAACAAUAGCUGAAGCUAAACCAGAGAUGACGGGAACUUUAAUGGUUCAAGCGAGAAAUUUUUACGGCAUCAGCGAAUCCCACGCAUUCGUUGAGAUCACUGAAGUUUAUCAGAAACCAGAACUAAUUAAGCAACCACAAGAUCAUAUUAUUGAAGAAGAACAAACUGUGAAAUUUAGUGCUAUUGUUAAAGGAAAGCCUGUGCCAAAAGUCACUUGGUAUAUGGAUGAGAAAAAAUUAGAAAGCAGUGAUGAACUUCGGGUUAAAUACGAUGAAAGCACUGGAAAAACUUCGAUCAAAAUUUUCAGAGCUAAAUUAUCACAUUCACCCCAAAAGGUGCCCAAAAUCACAGUGAGAGCAGAAAAUAUCGAAGGGAAAACGGAAGCUAGCUCAACUUUAACAGUCAGGAAAAAAUCAGAACCACCCAGUAUCACAGCUGAAAUGAAAAGUCGGCAAGUGAAUGAAGGUACAACGGUUACUUUCUCUGUUAACGUGGCUGGUUACCCGGUUCCAGAAGUUGCAUGGUUUCUUAAUGGAGAGCCCAUCUUUGAUGGAGGUGAUAUCUCAAUAACGUCAGAAAAUGGUGAGCAUACUUUGAAGAUAAGUAAUGCUAUACCUGAGCAAAGUGGAGAAGUUUCAUGUGAAGCAAAAAAUAGUGUAGGAUCGAGGAAACAAAUAGCAACGUUGGUAGUGAAAGCUGUUGGUGAAGCACCUGUAUUCAUUAAAAACAUUGAGGAUAAAUUGGUAGUUGAAGGCGAAGAACUGAUUAUGGAUGCUAAACUUGCUCAGGUUAAACCUGCUCCAAAAGUAACGUGGCUGAAAGAUGGAGCGCCAUUAGUCGAUAAUCACUUCAAGGUAAGCCAAGAAAGUGAUGGGACUUUAAAAUUAAAAAUAGAUUCUAUCAAGUUGAGCGACAAAUCGCGAAUUACAUUAAGAGCUGAAAAUCAAUUUGGAUCAGCCGAUUGCUCGGCAUCAAUUGGAGUAACAAAGAAACGACCAAUGGCAAAGCCAGCUUUCCUCUCAGAUAUACCAGCAACAACGGUCACCGAAGGGGAAUCACUGAAUGUCAAAUUGAUAAUCACCGGUGAUCCUACCCCAUUUACUAAAUGGUACAUCAAUAACCAGCUAGUAGUAGCAACAGAGGAUACAGAAAUGAAGGAGGAAAAUGGCGUAUAUUCGUUGACAAUUCAUGGAUGUACCCGUGAUAUGACUGGCAUAAUCAAGUGUGUAGCAUACAAUAAGGCUGGUGAAGUUACUACCCAGGGAAAUCUGACGAUUGUAACACCGAUUCCAGUCGAAUUCGAAACAUCCCUCUGCAAUGCAAUUUGCCGAGAAGGUGACACCUUGAAGUUGAAAGCUGUCCUUCUGGGUGAACCAAAACCUGAAGUAUCAUGGUGUGCUUUAAUUCUUUAUCAAAAGAGUCAGUAUGUAAAUGAUAAAAAAUUGGAGGAGUCACAAAACAUAAAAAUUCACGCUGAAAAAGGAACCUAUACAGUUACUAUCAAAGAUAUUACCUGUGAUUAUUCUGGAAAGGUUUUAUGUGAAGCAGUAAAUGAAUAUGGUAAGGCAACUUCAGAAGCAACUCUUUUGGUGCUUCCUCGUGGUGAACCACCAGAUUUUAUCGAAUGGCUUAGCAAUAUAAAAGCACGACAAGGAUCACAAGUUACUCAUAAAGUUGUUUUCACUGGUGAUCCAAAGCCAACUCUUACGUGGUACAUCAAUAACGAAGUUAUCGAAGAGAGCGAAGAAAUUACAAUCCACACUGAUGAUAGUACGUCAACUUUGAUAAUUAAAAGUUUCAAUCCUGACAAACAUACCGGCGAAAUCAUUUGUAAAGCCGAGAAUGAUGCUGGAGAAGUGUCAUGCACAGCUAGCAUGGGACCAUACACCUCAGAUAUGUUCUCAGAAUCACAGACCGAAUCUGAAAUGAUGGCUGAAGAAGUGUUAACUUUCGAAGAUGGAGCAGAAUUUGCGACGGAAGCAGAAUCUAUUGAAGAAAUUCAGCGUACUCCAACACCAAUAAUGGCGCCUAAAUUUAUAAAAAAAAUUAAGGAUACUCGAGCAGCACGUGGAUAUCAAGCAAUUUUCGAAUGUGUUGUUCCAGACACUAAAGAUGGGCGUGAAAUUGAGCUGAUUGCUAGGAUUCGAGUGCAAACUCAAAUUAUAGAGGGUUAUGUUACAAGUGAACUUAUUAUUGAUGAUGUUGUGCCAGAAGAUGCCGGAAAAUACGUUGUCAUAGUUGAAAACAUUGCUGGCCAUGAUUUUUGUGAAGCAAAUUUGAAUGUUAUUGAAAUUCUCGUAAAACCGCAAACAUAUGCACCAGAAUUUGUUGUCGCCAUGCAAGAUAAAGCGAUCAAAGAGGCAGAAAAAGUGAUUUUUGAGUGUAAAGUAGUCGGUGAACCACAACCGAGGAUUACUUGGUUCCACGAAAAGACACCAGUAGUUGAAGAGACUAGUAAAAUAGUCAUUGAAUCAGAAGGUUCGGUCCAAAGAUUGGUAAUUUCUUCCGCAGAUAUUGCUGACCAAGGAUUGUACAGAUGUGUGGCUGAAAAUAUUGAGGGUAAAACAGAAAUUAAAGCAACUUUAUCCGUUUUAGCAGAAGCACCACAGUUCACCCACCACAUUACCAGCAAGGAAGUUAAUAUUGGGGAGAAGGUGAUACUAGAAUGCAGCGUGAAAGGAUUACCUCAACCGGUGGUACAGUUCUUUCAAGAAAGUACACGCAUCACCUCGGACUCACAUCAUUCCAUUGAGCAUGACACUACUAAUGUGCACUGGAGGAUGGUAAUCGAAGAAACAGAAAAAUCUGAUUUCGGCACGUAUCACGCUGUCGCUAUUAAUACUGCUGGCAUGGCAGAAUCGGAAGCUGAAAUUAAACAGCAAAAAAUAAAAAAUAAACCAGAAUUUCUUGAUGUUCUCAAGAACCGCAAAGUUACAGAGGGUGAUGAAAUAGUCAUGGAAGUGAAAUUCACUGGUACUCCGCAACCAGAUGUAAAGUGGUUUAAAAAUAAUCAAGAAAUUGAAGAGGAAGCAGAAAAAAUUUUGAUUAAUACCUCAGAUGACACAUCAAUUCUUAUCAUAAAAAAUGCAACAGCCGAAGAGUCUGGCAGUUACCGAGUUGACUUGGUAAAUUCAGAAGGAAGAGAAGCAUCGAUUGCUGAUGUCACCGUGGAAGCCACAGCUGUCGCCCCACGAAUCACCAAAAUGUUAAAAGAUGUAAAGAUUCAUGAGCUUGAAACAGCCAGAAUGGAGAUAACCGUGACUGGAGUACCAACACCUGAUGUUCAAUGGUUCAAAGACGAUGCACCGGUUAAAAUUGAUAACGAACGCAUAUUUAUUCAGGAAGAAGAAUCUGGUCAGCAUACUUUAACUAUCAAGGAAGCUCGAUUAGAAGAUGCAGGAGUUUAUUCUUGCAAGGUUGUCAACAAAGCUGGUGAAACGGAAAGUAAAGCUCGAUUUGCGGUUGAGGAAAGUAUUGAAGCACCUAAAUUUUCCGAAGGUUUGAGGGAACUUUCGGUUCCGGAACGAGAAACUAUUGAACUUUCAGUAGCAGUACUUGGCAAGCCAGCUCCUAACGUCACUUGGUUCAAAGAUGGAGUCUCGGUAAAUAUUGAUGGGAAGCAUAUUCAAGAACGAAAAGAUGUGACUGGUCAUUUCACUUUAAUCAUUAAAGAUGCUCAAAAGGAAGAUAUUGGUAUCUAUUCAUGCAAAGCUGCUAAUACAUUUGGAGUUGCUGAAACUGAAGCUGAAGUUACGAUUGAAUCUUCUCUUGAGGUACCACAGUUUAUCAAAGGUCUUCAGGAAAUUUCAGUGAACGAAAAUGCAGCUGCUAAGCUCUCUGUAACAGUAACUGGUAAACCAACUCCUGAAAUUCUCUGGUUCAAAGAUGGAGUACCACUCACUAUUGAUAAUGAACACAUUGUAAUGAAAGAACAUGAACAUGAGCAAGAACAUUACACGCUGAUUCUUAAGAAUGUGCGACAAGAAGAUAGUGGGACUUACACAUGCAAAGCUAUCAAUGCAGCUGGUACCGAUGAAACUAGAGGUCAAAUCAAAUUUGCAAAAUAUGAGCACGAUAAUGUGGAAGAAGACGUGAAACCGAUUUUCAUAGAACCGCUACGAGUACAAACUAUCAAAGAAGGCGAAACAGUUACAGUGCAAUGUCAGAUCAACGAAAACUCAAAUGCUGAUAUUCUUUGGUUCCUAAAUGAUACAGCAAUUCAACCAAGUCAGCAUAUGAUCAUAGAAAAGCUCACUGAUGGCAAACUGUCGUUAACAAUCAGAAAUGCUACCAAAAGUGAUGUUGGCACCUAUCGUUGCGAGGCAGUGAAUAAAAUGGGUAAAGCAUGUACCGCAUCAAAAAUUAUGUUUGCAAGCGAAACAGAAGAAGAAGUAUCGGAUGAGUCGGCAGUGAUUGGAUUUGUGCAACCUUUGUGUGAUAUUGCUGUAGCAGAAAGCUCCCCUGUAGAACUGACCUGUGCUUUGAAUAUAACUAAAGAUUCGACUAAUAUACAAGUGAGCUGGUCGAAAGAUGGAUGUGAGGUAGCAUCUGAGCGUGCAUUAAUUGAGCAGUUAGUUGACGGCACUCAAAAACUAAAAAUCGAAAAAGUUACUGCAGAAGAUGCUGGCACCUAUCGAUGUAUGGCUACCAUUGCUGAUACAUCAGCAUGGACCGAAGGAAAACUUGUCAUUUCAGAGAAAGCAGAAGAAAUCCCAGAAGGAGAAGGACCUCCGCAAUUUUCGACACUUUUGAAUUCUUGUGUAAUUCCGGAUAAUGCUAAAGCGCUGCUGAAAUGCAAAGUGGAAGGUCUGCCGAGAGCAGAAAUAUUUUGGAUGAAGGAUGGUGUCGAGUUAGAGCAAAAUGAUCGAAUAAAAAGUGAAUUCCAUGAGGAUGGUACCAUCCUUUUGGAAAUUGAAUCAGCUACCAAAGAAGAUUCUGGAGAAUAUCGAUGCGAUGCAAAAAAUAUUUAUGGUACUGCUUGGACUACUGCCCCUAUUCAGAUUGUGACUAGUCAAGAGUUACCAAAAGAAGGCGAAGCACCAGAUUUCAUCGAGCCCAUCAAACCUGUUACUGUAUUUGCUGGAGAUACGGCCAUAUUAGAAGGCAAAGUUAUUGGUGAGCCAAAGCCAGAAAUUGCAUGGUACCGGGGUGAAAAUGAAUUAAAGGAAGAUAUGAAUAUGCAAAUGGAAAGUUGUUCUGAUGGUACUCAAAGACUUGUUAUAAAAAAUGCUACAGUAGAUCAUACCGAUGAAUACCGUUGCUUAGCAAGUAACGAGUAUGGUGAUGUCUGGAGUGUAGUUACGUUUACUGUAAAAGUACCUGUAACAGAAGAAGAAGCUCCAAUUGAACAGUCAGCUCCAACAUUCCUUAAAACUUUGAAAGAAAUAAGUGCCAAAGAAUCAGAGCAUGUUGCAUUAGAAUGUAAAAUCGUUGGUGUACCGAUGCCGAAAAUCAAAUGGUUCAAGGAUAAAAAUGAAAUCAAAACAGAUGACAUUCAUUUUAAAAGAGAAACACUUCCAGAUGGUACUGCUCGCCUAAUCAUUGAAUCAGUCAACAAGAUUGAUGCUGGUGAAUUCAGAUGCGAAGCUCAAAAUCUUUUUGGCACUGCACGCACCGAGUCCAUGUUACAUGUACUUUAUGCACAUGAAACACCGAUAGAUAGUGAAAUUUCACCAGAAAUACUUCAAGAAUUGAGACCUGUUCAUGCUAACCAAGGGCAACAGAUUGCAUUUGAAUGCAGAAUUUCCGGUAUUCCUAUACCAGAAAUAAGGUGGUUCAAAGAUGGCAAAGAAAUAAAACCAGAUGAUCAUAUUCGGAUCGAAAGUUUGCCAGAUGGUACAAAUCGUUUGACUGUUGAUUCCGUGAGUGUAGAAGACCAGGGCAAUUAUCGCUGUGAAGCAACCAACAAUGUUGGAUCCAUGAGUUCAAAAGCUCCAUUAACUGUUAAUGUACCGGAAACUUUGAUACUAAAAAAAGCUCUGGAAGAUACAAAGGUAAAAGUUGGAAGCAAAAUUCGAUUGGUUGUAGAAGUUGAAGGAAAGCCAAAAACAGUGAAAUGGUAUCACGGGAAGGAUGAAAUUAGAAGCAGCAAACGAAACAAGUUAGAAAAAGUCACAGAACAACAGUACAGUUUGGAAACUGAUGAAGCUCAAAGUUCAGAUGAAGGUGUAUACCGUGUUGUUUUAUCUACUGAAGCAGAAACUAUAGAAUCAUCAUGCACUGUAACAGUGCUUGAGGAAGAAGUAGUUCCAGUUUUCCGGAAGGGUCUCCAGGAUCAGACCGUACCAAAAGGAUCUAAACUUGUUCUUGAGAUUGAAGUUGAAGGUUCACAUAAGCAAGUCAAAUGGCUCAAGGCAGGUUCACCAGUUAACGAAAAAAUAUCGAGAAUUAAAGAUCUUGGAAGCGGAAAAUACCAGUUAGUAAUUGAUAAAGUCAGUGAAAAUGAUCAAGGUGAAUAUACGGUUCAGGUGUCAAACAGUGCUGGAUCUGCAGAAUGUAAAGCAAAUAUAUGCCUUAAACCUGACGAACAGAAGCCAGAAAUUAUUAGUGGUUUGAAGCCUGAAAAAUGUGAAAUAGGAGAUAAAGUAGUUCUUGAAGUCAAAGUUAAAGGCUUAAUCAAGCAAGUUAAAUGGUACAAGAAUGGUGUGGAAGCGAAAAAUGUUGAAACGAAGCAAACUGAUGGCAAUAAAUAUCAGUUGAUAAUCGAAAAAGCAUCGAAAAGCGAUGAAGCUGAAUAUAAGAUUGUGCUUUCGAAUGAUGCAGGUGAAACAAUGUCAGAAGCCAAGUUAACUGUAAAACUUCCUAAAAUUAAAUUUAUCAAAGGUUUGGAAAAUCAAGUGCUUGAUAUUGGUGCUAGAGCUAUUUUAAGUGUGGAAGUAAAUUCACCCCCAAGACAGGUUGUGGUCUCGAAUGAUGAAGGAAGCGCUGAAUCAUCUUGUGCGUUAACAGUAAAAUUACCCAAGUUGAAAAUCACAAAGAGUCUUGAAGAUCAAAUCGUAGAGAAGGGUCAAAAUGUUAAAUUGUCAGUCGAAGUAAAUACUCCUCCGAGGCAAAUUAAAUGGUUCGUACAAAUUGACACAAAAGCUAAAGCAAAACCAAAAGAAAUCAACGAAAAUGUAUAUCGCCUUGAGAUUCCAGACGUUGGAAAGGAUGAUACCGCUGAAUACAAAGUAAUUUUGUCAACAGAUAGUGAUGAUACUGUUGAAUCGAGCUGUGCUUUAACCGUAAAAUUACCAAAAUUAAUUAUCACAAGAGACUUAGAAGAUCAAGUGGCUGAAACAGGUGAUAAUGUCAAACUUUAUGUGGAAGUGAAUUACAAGCCAAAAUCAGUCAAAUGGUACAAAAAUGGCAAAGAAGUCAGGUUAACUGAUAGCGCUAAAGCAGUAAAAAUAGAUGAUAACACUUAUCAAUUGGAGAUUAAUGAAACGGGCAAAGAUGAUUCUGCUGAGUACAAGGUUGUUUUUGAAACGGAUGACGAUAGUGUUGAUUCUUCUUGCGUUUUAACCGUAAAACUACCCAAAAUAGUUAUCAUAAAAGGGUUGAAGGAUAAAAUAGUUAAUGCUGGUGAAACAGCAUUACUCGGUGUUGAAGUAAAUGUUAUACCAACAUCGAUUAAAUGGUACAAAAAUGAGGAGGAAAUUACUUCAGGUGCUAAAGCGAAACCAAAAUCAGUAAAUGACAAGAGUUACCAGCUUGAAAUACCAAAAACCACCGAGGAUGAUAUUGCUAAUUACAAAGUGAUACUUUCAACAGAUGACAAUGAGGUGGAUUCUAGCUGUAUGCUAACAGUUAAAAAGCCAGCUAAUAAGCCAACCAUUGAACAUGGAAUUGAAGAUCAGUUCAUUCCAGUUGGAAAACGAUUGGAAAUCAUUAUUGAAACAACUGGAAAACCAAAAACAGUAAAAUGGUAUAAAAAUGGUCAAGAAUUAUCGGAAAAAAAGAAAAUGAUAGAGAUCAGUAAAGCUGAUGAUAAUCAUUAUCUUUUGAAAAUUGAAAAAUGCGGUUUGGAUGAUAGCGGUAUGUAUUCCGUAGAAGUAGCAAAUGAAGCAGGUCAGGCAAAGAGUGCCGGAGAGAUAACAGUUGAGGAGCGGAUAACUUUCUUAAGGCCACUGAAAGAUUUGGAAGUAAUCGAAGAAGAGGAAGCGGAGCUGCUGGUGGAGACAAAUAUUCGUCCACGAUCUGUAAAAUGGUACAAAAAUGGCCAGAAACUUGAAAAUAUCAAGGCGAAAUUAGAAAUCAAAAGCAAUGAUACUAAAUUUCGCCUGUUUAUUGAAAAGGCGGAAAAAGAUGACGCUGGCAAUUACAAAGUCGUAUUAUCAAACAGCGCAGGUGAUGUGGAUUCAUCUGCCUGUUUAGUCGUUAAGAAGCGUAAAGGUCAACCUAAAAUUAUUAAAGGUUUGGAAGAUCAGGUUAUCGCAAAAGGUGAUGGAUUGGUAUUAGAAAUCAAAGCAGAUAAUGAACCAACCGAAGUUCGGUGGCUUAAGGAUGGUAUUCUGCUGUCGAAAAACAUAAAAGCUACAAUUGAACAAGUUGAUGAACAAACGUAUCGCUUAACAAUUCCAAAGACUGAGAUUACGGAUGCAGGCAGAUAUACUGCUGAAGUAAUUAAUGAAGUUGGUAGGGUUCAAACUACUGGUAACGUGGAAAUUGACGUGAAACCCGAAAUAGUUAGAGGGUUGAGUGACAGUGAAAUAAAUGAAGAUGAUGAACAAGUAUUCAAAGUAGAGACUAAUGUGCCUGUUCGAGAAAUUAAAUGGUAUAAAAAUGGUCAAGAAGUUAAGCCAACAUCUAAGGUAAUUUUAUCCAACUCAGCUGGUGUUUGUGACUCAUCAGCUGAGUUAAUUGUGGUGCAGCCAAACAUAUUAAAAAUUAUCGAGGGAUUAAGAGAUGUUGAUGUCAGUGAAGAUCAGCCGAUCAAACUAAAAGUCAAAGUUGAAGGAAAACCAAAAACUUUCAAAUGGCUGAAAAAUGGUCAAGAAAUUACGGCAAAUGAUCGCAUACAAAUGGUGGAUGAUAUCGAGGCUGGUGAGUAUACUUUAUUAAUACCGCAAAGUUUAACCUCUGAUGGUGCAGCAUAUCGUAUUUUGUUAACAAAUGAACAUGGUGAAGUACAAAGUGGCUCAAUCGCACAUGUGAAACCUAAGAAAUUAGAACCAACAACAAGCGCUGCAACUCUGUUGACGCCACUUGAAGAUAUGGAAGUACCAGAAGGUGACACAUUAACUUUGAAAUGCAGAAUAAGCGGAGAACCUACGCCAACAUUUAAGUACAAAAAUGAUAAGGAAAUUACUCCAGAAGCACGAGCUGUAAUACGUGCUGCUUUGGAUGGCACUAUUACAUUACGAAUUUUGGACACUACUAUGGAAGAUGCCGGUAGAUAUAGCAUCAUCGCGAUGAAUUCCAUCGGAGAAGUCAAGUCAGAGUGCAAAGUUCGAGUGCUUAGCGCCGAUGAAUUGCCAUCAGAACCGAAAUUCGUUAUUCCGCUUCAAGACGUCUUCGUAGAAUCUGGCAGUAGAGCAGAAUUCAGUGUAAAAGUUCGAGGGUCAAUUUGUGGCCAAGACGUGCAACGGUUUGACAAUAUUGUCAUUAAUAAUUUGGCUGACGGUAACUGGACAAUGACAGUUGAGAAUGUCACUGAAAUAUUCGUCGGUGAAGUAAAAUGCAUAGCGGAAAAUGAACAUGGACGAGCACAGUGUGUGUCAGAACUGCAUAUAAAAGAUGUCAAAGUUGGCAGACUCCGAGGAGACGAAGGAUAUCCACCGAAAUUCAAUGUUACCCUUUGGGACCGACGAAUACCACGUGGUCAGCUCAUGACUAUUGAGUGUCACGUCGACGCAAAACCAAUCGCUGAUAUCAGUUGGUCAAAGGAUGGUGUAAGUUUAAUGAAAUCAGAUCGCAUAGAGAUUCAUAAUAGCUCAGAUGGUGCUUGCCGUGUUAAAAUUAAAGAUUUUAAUGAAGAGGACGUUGGCACAUAUAAAUGCACAGCAACAAACAAAUUCGGUGUAGCUGAAACUAAAUCUAAUCUGAAUAUCCAAGCUGAAAUAGUGGAAGAGGAGAAAAAGAAGCGGGAAUUUGCACCGCGGUUUAAUCCACCUCUUACUGAUAAAUUCGCAAAUAUCAACGAAACGAUUCGUUUAUCAUGCAAAGUGGAUGCGAUACCGAAAGCUAGCGUUACUUGGUACAAAGAUGGUAUACCUAUGAGAGAUAACGGUCGAAUUUGCAUAGAAUAUGAUUCUGAUCAGGGUCACUGCUUGCUCACUAUCAAUCACAGCACGGAAUCUGAUGAUGGUGCUUAUCGUUGUGUUGCUGUUAAUGAUCUUGGCAGUACAAAUUCAGCUUGUUUGGUGUCGAUUUCCAAGCUCAAAGAAGAAGUUAAAGAUGAAGGUGAAGAGCCAUUCUUCACCAAAGGAUUGGUAGAUAAGUGGUUAGAACGUGGAGAUAAACUAACAUUAAAAUGCGUUGUCACCGGUAGUCCAAAGCCAGAAAUCAAAUGGUACCGGAAUGGAAUAUUAUUGCGGAAAAGCGAUAAAAUUAGCAUCGAAAACAGCGAAGAUGGAGUAUGCAUGUUAGUUAUUGAGGAUUGUGCAAUGAGUGAUGAAGGCGUUUAUCGUUGUGAUGCUGAGAACAGUAAAGGCAAAACGAGAACACAAUCUACUGUGCAUGUUGAAAAACCAUUCGAAAAAGUGGAAAAAAAAGUGAUGCAAGGAGCAGCUCCACGAUUCAUUAAUCCGCUGCAGGAUAUGACUGUUUACGUUGGUUCUGUAAUUGAUUUAGAAUGCAAAGUUGUUGGUGAACCAGCACCAACUGUUAAGUCCAAAGAUGGUAUGGCAAUAAGAGAUGAUUCACGUCAUGAGUGGCAUACUGAUGCGACAACCGGUACUUAUCGACUAAGGAUCAUCGAUACAAACGUUCACGACGAGGGUGUUUACCGAUGUGUUGCAAGCAACACAGCUGGUUCUGCAACAACCAAAUCAUUUGUUAGAAUCAGCGGUACUACAUAUAGUUACUUGUCAUCUUCCAGUGAACCACCAUGUUUCACCAUUUCCUUAAGUGAUGCACGUGCUGUCGAAGGUCAGUUACUGAAAUUUGAAUGCAAAAUAAAAGGUGCCCCAUUGACUGAUCUUGCAUGGUACAAGGAUGGUGAACGAAUCAAUUCUAAUGAUCGGAUAAAUAUUGAAAGUGAUUCGAAUGGAAGAGCGAGGCUUCACAUUUAUCCUUGUUCAUUAAGUGAUGAAGGUUUGUACCGAGUAAUAGCUACUAAUCCAUCUGGUUCAGCUCACAGCAAGGCCAGUGCUGUUGUUAAAAAACUGCCAGAAGAAGUAAACGAAGACUUCAUGAAUGGUCCUGUAUUUGAUGGAUAUCGUGCACCACGUGUUGUCAUACCUCUUGAAAGCAUGAAAGUUAUGGAAGGUAAUGAAUAUGUGCUGAAAUGCAAAUUUAGCGGUGAUCCACGUCCAUCUAUUAAAUGGUUCAAAAAUGGAGAACGUGUGUAUUCUUAUGAUCGGUGUACUUUGCAUGAAAACGAUGAUGGCAGCUCUGAGUUAAUUGUAAAAAAUGCUACUCGAUUCGACAGCGGUGGUUAUCGAUGUGUUGCCGAGAAUAUUUAUGGAACUGCCAGAACUACAUGUGAAGUUACCAUCCAAAUAAAAGAAAAGAAAUCACAGCGGAACUUUGAAGACGAAAUACGUCAAAGUAACGCACCUGGUUUCUCAGUACCACUUACUAUGAAACGAGCUAAACAGGGUGAGACUGUUAUUCUGGAAUGCGUUCCAUAUGGAAAACCGUUCCCAGACAUCAAAUGGCUCAAAGAUGGAAUUGAAAUUGAAACACUUAACAAAAUUAAGAUCGAAAGUUUGGAUGAUAAAACACAACGCUUGAUUCUACAAGAUGUAGACUUUUCUGUUGAAGGAUUGUAUCGAUGUGUAGCAACAAAUGAAUAUGGUACCGUGUCUACAAAAGCUGAAGUUGUUUUUGAAGGUGAUAGGACUUUACCAACCAAAAAAAUGAAGGAACUUUUUGACACUGAUGUAGUGGAAAGUAAGCCUCGUAUCCGUCGGGGCCUCAACAAUAUCAGCGUACAUCAGGGUAGCAGUAUCGAAAUGCAGGUGUGUACAUCGGGUUGGCCAACUCCAACUGUGAAAUGGUUUAAAAAUAAUCAAGAAAUAAAAGUCAUUGGACCGGAUGAUCCACUGAUCGUAUGGACUGAUGACCGAGGUAUUCAUCACUGUGUGAUCCUUAAUGCCUCACCUGAAGAUGAAGCAGAAUAUGCAUUGGAGGCCAGCAAUAAACUUGGAACCGCUCGAACAGAAGGUGCUAUUACAAUUAUUAAACCACGAGAAGUGCCGGGAAUCACUGAUCAUCUUGCAAAGGGUGAUCUGCCAUACCCUCCAGGAUUUAUUCGGCAGCUUAAAAAUAAACAUGUUUUUUCUCAUAUGCCAGUUGUGUUUGACUGUCUUGUGAUUGGCAAUCCUUCACCGGAGGUUAACUGGUAUCACAAUGGCAAAAAGUUACAUCCUGGUGGUCGAAUACGUAUACAGUCAUGUCGUGGUGGAUCGCAUGCUCUAAUUAUUAUGGAUGCUCAUACAGAAGAUGCUGGAGAAUAUGUUGCUAUUGCCAGGAAUUCUCAAGGGCAGGCUUCUAGUAGUGCCGUAUUAGAUGUUACAAUACCUCAUUUGGACUCGAUCAAAUUUGAUGGUUCGAUGGAUGUUACAUCAUAUUUAACUGAAGAAUAUGGAUUUAAGAAAACUGCUUACCAGAGUAUUCCAACACCACCGGAUCGUGGUCCAUUUAUUAAAGAAGUAACGGGACAUUACUUAACCCUUUCAUGGAUCCCAACUAAAAGGGCUCCACCACGUUAUCCACAAGUAACUUACGUUGUGGAAAUACGAGAAUUACCUGAAAAGGAUUGGAUCCUCCUGGACUACAAUAUUCCAGAACCAGUGUGCAAAGUACGCAAUUUAGAACUUGGCAAAAGUUAUCAGUUCCGAGUUCGUGCUGAAAAUAUAUAUGGAAUUAGUGAUCCAUCACCUGCUUCGCCUCCAUCAAGACUAAUGGCACCUCCUCAACCAGUUUUAGACAAGGAUAAGCGAAUUAUUCCUUUGUUAGAUCCGUACACGGAACGAGCACUUGAUCAAGCUCAUGCCGAACAAUACGCUUGCGCACCAUGGUUUGCUCCUGGUGUUGAAGAAAGACGAUUUUGUGCAGAAAAUGAUACCUUAUCGAUAACAUUAUGUGUGUCUGGAUAUCCUGAUCCAAAAGUAGUCUGGAAAUUUCGCGGAAUGGAUCUUGACAUAAGUCCGACAUCCAAGGCACGUGUGGUAACUCAUGGUGGUUCAGAAACAACUCUCACAAUAAUCGGAUUUACUAAAGAUAAUGUUGGACAGUACCAAUGUUUCGCCUUAAAUAAAUAUGGUGAAGCUCAACAGAACAUCCAUGUUGAUCUUGGAGCAAGGCCAAGAUUCACGCAACCCUUGGCUAACAAAGUAGUGCCUAGCGGUAGACCUCUCAGAUUGGACGUACGUGUUGAGGGCAGUCCAUAUCCCGAUGAAUGGAGGCCGUUGGUAGAAUCGUCACGUGUAAGUUUUAUCCGUGAGGGACCUUGUUUAUGUUCAUUGAUUAUCAAUGACCCGCUGUGGCGUGAUAGUGGAAUCUACUCGGUAAUGGCUGUUAAUGAUGCUGGCACCGCAACAACUUCAUGUUCAGUUACCGUUGAAGCUGACGAAGAUCUCAAUGAGAAUCAUGAGAUUCACAGGAGAAAAACUCGAGUAGUUCUGGAAGCUCGCAAAGUUCGGGAAAUUUAUGAAAUUGAUGAAAACGAUGAAAAGUAUGAAAUAUAA